AUGGCUCCCUGGAUGGCUGCCCUUUCCCUGACGGCCCUGCUGGCACUGUCCACCCCACCAGCGGGGGAAGCCCUCGUCAACCAGCACCUAUGUGGCUCCCACCUGGUGGAGGCCCUGUACCUGGUGUGCGGGGAGAGGGGCUUCUUCUACACCCCCAAAGCGCGCCGAGAUGCUGAACAGCCCAUGGUGGGUGAGGCCGGAGCGGAAGAGCUGCCCUUCCCACCGGAGUACCAGCUGCAGAAACGGGGCAUCGUGGAGCAGUGCUGUAACAGCAUCUGUUCCCUGUACCAGCUGGAGACCUACUGCAACUAG